GACAACAACACGCAUCACAACAACUGUAAUCCCUGGUCAUUGCAGAGGAUUAUGCAUGAUUAUAGGUGAAAUACUAAUCUGUAUUCAGCCACAAUAAGUGACAAUAUUAUAUCUCUUGUUUGGUUAAAUGUAGACCAAAUCUAAUUUGAAUCAAGGGUUUAUAAAGGAAAAUGCAGGAUCAUCAUGUCAAUGAGCUACAAAUCUUUGUUUCUGCAGGAAACCACACCAGGUUUACCGUUUAACGGUUUUGGCCGUUACGCUGUUCUUUUGUCACAAGACUUGCUUUUACUGUUUAAUCUUGCCGUGGAAAAUGUGAUAUUGACUCAUUUUCUUUCAUCUAGAACGAGAAAAAAGUAGUGCAUGGUGUUGUGACAUGGAUUGAAAUAUUUUGUAUUGCAUACAGAUAGUUUAGUUAUAAAAAGGCAAAACGUCCUUUGUUAUAAUUGUAUAUCUAUCAUGUUUAAUUGCAUUCAAUCUCAUUUGUAAUCUAUACACUGAUGUCUGCAAAAAUAUCUACGGUUGCCCAUUGAAAUGGAUGAUGAUAUCUACUGCAAAAGCCAGGCUGAUAUGUGUGAUGCUGUUUCUCAGUACUCCACCCUAUUGAGUUACAGUUUUGUCUAUCUAUUUCUCUAUAUAGUCCUAUCCCCACUGUAACCCUGGACAGAUUACUCACUUCAUGUAGUCACCUCUUAGAUUUUGCUGUCAGGGCUCUGCUACAUCUGCUAUUGUGUUUUGUGCAACACUGUGUGUUUAGUCAUGGCCUUUCAUAUUUUCCCUGAGGAGUCAAAGCGGCUGCAGGGAAACAUUUUAUGUCUAUCAUUAUGCAGUCAUGGAAAACAAAGCUAUUUCGGAGCCUUUCUGAGUUAACACGAGAACCCUUUUCCCGGACUGCAGAUGUGAUAUCCUGACUUUGCUCUUGCGGCCUCAUGAUUUAUCACCACUGACUGAAGGACAGAUUUCUCUCCUUAAUCUAACAAGUGCUCCUAAGAUGAAUGAUAUUUCAGCUUCUCGUUUCUUUUUUGAUCCUUUUAUAGAGAUUUCCUUUAAUCCACUCACCGCCCGCACACAGAGGCCACAGCUGCUCAUUGAGUAGCAUUGUAGUUUUCAGAUCAUGAUUGUUUUUAGCUGUAUUUGUACGUGCAGCUACCGUAUGAAUGCAGAGGGAAGCGGAAUAAUAAUGUAUUAUAUGCUGAUGAUUUUUUAUUUUAAAUCUACAAUAACAAUGAGGCUCUUGCUACAAUCAUCAUGAAUACAGCACAGUGGGCUCGAGUUGCACCUCCUCCUUAGCACCAGAGAUGGUGAAAGUAUGGCGGCAGUGAGUGGGUGGGUGGACUUGUGCGAGGAGGGGGCAUUGCAAUGCCGACGCUAGAGGAAUAAAACUGAAACAUACUGCAGCUCUGACAGAAAUAUGAGCUGCGUGACUCCAGACAUGAUAAAAGCAGAAUUACAUGAAAAUUAUGAAACAUUUUCGUAUUCCUUCUUCUGCAUUACGUGUGUGACAUUAUAGUAAACAUUUGCAGACAUUGCAAUCAUUGGUAGCACUUUGUUUAAAAGGAAAUGUGACAGGAAUUUGCUGUGGCAGGAAGAUGAGAGCAGUAAUCGGCUCAGAGAGACUAACACUGAUCACAGAAGACAGCAGAGAAGGAAGGGAGCAGUGAGAGUGAGGAAAAGAGAGAUUCAGAGAAACUCUGGGGAAACAAAGUUAACUGAGGAUGAAAACGAUUUGUCAUUGUCUAAUCUGACGAACUGAUGGCUUCUACAUGGCUGAAAAGGAGGUGUCAUGUUGUAAAUUACUCCUCUCGUCCCCAGAGAACAAGUUGCAAACAGAUCUUGUCUCUGAAUUGGAUCAUGGUUUCUGACUGACAUGCCUAAACGUGCAAUAUUCUCAAACUGAUAUCAAUUCAGGAAAAUCUGUUUGCAUCCCACACCGUGGCUGCCUAUAUUUUCUUUUUCUAAUCAGUGGCAGCGAUCCAAUCCAUCCAUCUAUCAGUGUGGUCAGUCAGUCAGCAGUAGGUGGGCCGAGCUGUUUAGCACAUCGUAUCUGUGCUCGGUUGAUACAAAAAUAAUACAUGGAAUGGAGAAAUGUGCAUUUCUUCAUCAUUCAAUAUACAUAAAUAACUUUGGUUUUGGACAGCUGGUCAGACAGAACAGCGAGUGUAAAUCUUACCAUUUUCGCCGUCUUAGUUUAGUGUGUUGGCAACAUAUGAUAAUUAGCAUUAAACAUGGAGUAUAGCUUUGGCUGAUGGGAAUGUAGAUUUUGCAGGUAUUUUGUCAUAACCGGAAGUAUUAAAAAAAAAAGAAAAAAAAGAGAAAAGAUUUGACCUGAUGUGCUAGAUAAAAAGUCAAGGGGUCACCAAAAUUAUUAUAAUUUAUCUUUAGCAGAUUAUGAAUGUGUGUACAAAAUUCCAUGGCCAAAGUUGUUGAGAUAUUUCACUAUAAAUCACUUGGUCAACAGGAAGAGUCGGAUGAUCACCGAAGUCAUUAGAAUGCAUAGUCUGGGAUCCAUGAAUGUAUGGACAAAAUGAUGUGCCAAUACAUCCAGUAGAUGUUGAAAUAUUUACCUGGAUAAGUGAAGGCUUCGACCUGCUUGUGGCGCUACAGGAAAAGGCAGAGGACCACCAAUGUCGGUAUGCUUCCUUCUCCGGGAACCAUCAAUAUCUGUACAAAACCUUGAUGGCAAUUGAUCCAAUCGUUGCUGAGAUAUUUCAGUCUGGAUCGAACUGGUGGACCAACCAACCAAAACAUUGCAAACAAAAAGCCACGGUCUUAGCAUGGCUUAAAAAAACAUGAAAAAACAGAUUUUAAGUUUAGCAUAUCGUUAAUCAGUGAAAUGAAAAUAAUUCUUACUUGCAGCCCUAAUGAAAAAUGUCUUCUCCUGGACUCUGACUGGGCAUUUGACCUACUUCCAGUUGAUUUAAAGGGACACAUCCAGUUCAGUGAAUCACAGGUCUCAGCUUGUGCAUCUGCUGCCAGUAAUGCUUGGGGAGCUGUUUUAUUUAUUGCGCAGUAAUAGUGAAGUAUUAUAUGUGGUGUUGCAGAGCAUGGCUAGUAUGUAUUCACACCUCUCUGCUUAUAUGUGAGAGACUGUCUAGUGUGUGUUUGCUGCUGAGCCAGGCAGGAGCUGAGGUUUAUGAAAGUGUCUGAGCUCCAGGCAGCCCAGCUGCCUCAUGACUUCAUGGUUGCUACUCAGUCAUUUGUUAUUGAUCAAAUGCUCCCUUGAGGCGCUGUUUUGGAUUGAAAGGGAGGAAGGAAGGAAGCUUGCCUAUAAAUCAGAUAUAUUCGUAAGACUUUAUUGUCACAAAUAAUGUUCGUGUCGGGUUACUGAUUAGCUCGAGGUCAGGGGUUCAACCUUUCAAGGUGAGCUGUGCUGUUUAUCCCUAAAGGCAUAGCAGGUGUAUAGCCAGAUGGAUCCGUCUCCAGCUAAUCAGCAGUGGUCAAAAAGACGCCCAAGCUAGGGAGGGGGCUGCAAUAAUAAAGCAUUCUCAGUUUAUGUCAUUGCAUUUUAUCGAGGAUAGUUGCAAUGUAUUUUUCCCAUCAAACGAAAUAUAAUUUAAACUGUCUGCCUUAUUUUAAAUGCUAAUGUCCUGCUUCAGAUCGUUAUCUGCUGUAUGUGUAUAUCGGCUUUAAUCAUGUCGAGAUAGAAAUGACAGAAACAAUGUGUUUAUGUAGUGGCCAUACUAAUUAAUUAAUACUGUCUAAUGGGGAGGCUCUGGGCGGCCACCACUUUGGUCCAGACUGAAGUAUCUAAACAACUACUGGCUGAAAUUAAGUACUGAUGUUCAUGGUGCCCAGAGGAUGAAUCUUAUCGACUUUAGUGACCGUGAUCUUUUGGUUUUCUUCUAUAGCGCCACCAUGAUGUUGACAUUAUAGACAGAUUUCAAUGAAAUUUGGACAGUCAUGCCCCCAUCAAGAUUUAGUAGUAACUCUGGUGAUCCACUGACUUUUCAUGUAGCGCCAUCAUCAGAUCAAAAAUUUGAUUUGUCCAGUACUUUUGCUUAUGUCAUUGUUGGGAUGUUAUGCUGAAGUUAGCAUUUAGCUCAAAACAUUGCUGUGGCAAAGUACAGCGUCACUAGCAUAGCUGUAGACUCUUAGUCUUGUUGUUUUCUGAUUGGUGGUGGUCUUUGCUGAUUUCAGCAGCUUUGGUUAUUACGUUGGGACAGGCUGACGUAUGAGCUUUGUGUGCUUGUGUAUAUGUCCGUGUCCACACAGGCAGGUAUAUGGAAGUGUGAGAGCAAACAGUACGGAAGGGCUACAGAUGAAGUAACACACAAGAGGUGGGUGAUGGCGUAAUGAAAAAUAAGGAGAAGAGAGGGUGGGGAGACAGAGACAGAGAUGGAGGGUUAUGGGUAGAUGGCUGAUGAUGUGUGUCUCCUCCUGCAGUCGCCGCAUCAAGUGUGAGAGUGCAGUGCCUCUCUCAUUGCUAUUCUAAGCCUAUAAACUGCAAGCUGCCUUUUGCUCGCCAAACACACAUACUUAAAGGCCUGCCAGCAACCUCCUCCACUCUCCCAUCAAAGAGGACCCUCUUUGCUCCUCCACCUCAGUAACCAGCACACUCUGAGCUGUCUUUGUCCACUGCAAAGUUUUAGUGUUGGAAGGUUUUACAUUUCCAUGCUCUCCCGGUUCACCAGGAAUGAAUGCCUGAAAGAAUCUGGGGAGAUAGAAAGAGGGAAAGAUUAGUUAGGGAGUGGAGGAAUAUAAUUAGCCUGAGCAGCAGAAGGGGAUUUGUGCUCCACCGGCUGCCCUCUGCUCCAGCUCACCUCCAGCCUCCUCCCCUCCCGUCCUUCCUUGGAAACCUAUGCUACUCUGAUCCGUCAAUAGUAGCACUUGCGACGCACUUGCGACGAGGUAUGCAUGCGCAUUCAGAGUGAGCUGGGCCCAUACUCACCUCUAGUGUGAACACUUUGUUUCAGAGGUUGUGCAGACAGUGACUUAGCUUUUUUGGGGUUCUGCACUGCUGUUUCCUGAGUCCCCAAUGUGGCACUGCAGAGGACACCAGGCUUGUCUUGUAUGUAGCCAAUGCAGACAUCUCCUCAGAGGAUGCAUGUGAGAUCAUCUCGGCUUGAUUCCGAGUGAACCGGCACAUUACAACAAAGGUCCUUCCCAUGCCGGCAUUUGGGGGCUUGCGAUUCGGAGUCUAUCAGAGUGUGCAGCGGAGCUUUGCAGGUGCAGCGAGGGCUCUCUCUGGAUGACAGAGUUUGUUGCAGUGUGUGAGACCAGCAGACUGCUCUCAUGUCUCUGCACGAGUUUCUGCGGGAGGGUGGCGAGGCGUCGUACCGGAUAGUGAACCGGCUCAGUCAUCUGAUCCAGAACCUGGACGUCUCUGGACUGGGCUCUCCUUUCCCUUUCAACCCUGCCAGCCGCAGGAACUCCUGGAGAGACUUGGAUGAUGAGAUCAUGCAGCUGGACAGCAGUCCGCUCCAUGCUGCUGACAUCACCCCUGACCUCAAGAAGCAGUUUGCCUUCCUUUCAGGAGGUAGAGGAGAUAAUGGCAGCCCCAUCAUUGUGUUCCCAGAAUUCCCUGCGUUUGGAGAGAUCACAGACGGAGAGUUUCACAACGUGCUGACCUACCUGACUAGUGUGCCGAGUUUGUCUUCGACCGGCGUGGGUUUCAUCCUUGUCAUCGAUCGCCGGCAAGACCGAUGGGCGGCCGUCAAGGGGACCCUGCUUCGUAUCGCAGGCUCCUUCCCAGGGAACCUCCAGCUGGUUCUGAUCCUGAGGCCCACCGCCCUCCUGCAGCGCACACUCUCGGACAUCCUCUUCAAGUUCAACAAGGAUGAGUUCAAGAUGAAGGUGCCGGUGAUCAUGCUGAGCUCAAUAACUGAGCUCCACGCCUACAUCGACCGCUCCCAGCUGACCCAGGAACUCGGAGGAACACAAGAGUAUUGCCAUGAGAAGUGGAUCUCUCACCGCACUGCUAUUGAAGGCUUUGCAUUGAUGGUAAAGAAAACCGCGCAGAUCCUGCAGUCGUUUGGGACUGUACUGGCUGAAACUGAACUCCCCAAUGAAAUCCAGGCCACAACCAUCCUGCUGAGCACACACACCAACAAGAAAGACAAAAUGAAGGGGGAUCUGCUGGUAGCUCUGGAUCAGGGCAGCAGGCUGCUGGAGAGCAUCAAUGAGCCUGUGGUACGAGACCUCGACCACAACAUGAACCAGGAUGAGCUGGAGAAUCUGGCCACUGUGCAGAGACUGUUGUCCCAGCUAGACGAGACAGAAACGGCUUUUGACGAGUUCUGGGUGAGGCAUCAAACCAAACUGGAGCAGUGUCUCCAGCUGCGCCACUUUGAGCACAACUACAGAGAGGUGAGGGCUCUGCUGGAUCAGGUGUUUGAGAAACUUGCAACCUUCUCUGAGGUGGGGAUCAGCCCAGCCCACGCAGACCAUAUCUUCUGUGAACUCACCACCUAUGAGGAGAGAGUCUGUGAGGUGCUGGACAGAGCCUCGUCUUUGGCCUGUGAUGGUGAUAACCUGAUCCAGAACUCCCACUAUGCCGAGGACUCCAUUCAGCCUAAAUGUACAGAGCUCAGAGCCAUCAGUGAGAAUGUGAGCAGCAACCUGAGGGCCAAGAAGGACCGUCUCCUCAAAGCCAUGGAGCUGCACCACUGUUUGGAGAGAGCUUCUAAAUGGGUUGAUGAUGGUAUAUACCUGCUGGCGUCUCAGCCAGUAGACAAGUGUCAAUCACAUGAGGGGGCGGAGUUAGCCCUGAAGGAGCUGGAGCAACACCUGGAUAACGCGGGCCAGAACCAACUGACAGAACUCAGUACCAUCUGGAGUGAAUAUGAGGCAGUGCUCAACCAGCAGUUCAGAGACCAAGUGGAAAAGGUUUUCCAGAAGCAGGCGUCCAUGCAGGAGAUGUUUGACAAGAGGAGGGUCAGCCUGAAGAAGCUUGCAGCCAAACAGACCAGGCCAGUGCAGCCGGUAGCCCCCAGGCCCGAAGCCUUCAUCAAAUCCCCUCUAAGCUCGCCUGCACACAGAGCACAGCAGGAGAGAAGGUGCUCAGAGACAGACUCUGGGAGCAACUGUGAGAAAGGAAACGGCGAACUGCAGAACGGAGACGCUAUCGGCACACAUGCGUCUCUAUCAGAGGAGGAGGAGAACCUGGCAGUGCUCAGGAGGCAUGUCAUGAACGAACUGUUGGAAACUGAGAGAGCCUACGUGGAAGAGCUGCUCUGUGUACUACAGGGAUAUGCCUCUGAGAUGGAUAAUGCAGCAAUGGCUCACCUCAUCCCCGCUCCGUUGCAGAACAAAAAGGAGGUUCUGUUUGGCAACAUGUCAGAAAUCUACCACUUCCACAAGAGGACGUUUCUGAGGGAGUUGGAGCAGUACACCGACUGCCCAGAGUUGGUUGGAAGGUGUUUUCUGGAGCGGAUGACAGACCUGCAGAUUUAUGAGAAGUACUGUCACAACAAGCCUCGCUCUGAAAGCCUUUGGAGGCAGUGCUCAGACUGCGCCUUCUUCCAGGAGUGUCAGAAAAAGCUGGAGCAUAAACUUGGCUUAGAUUCUUACCUGCUGAAGCCCGUUCAGAGGAUCACCAAAUAUCAGCUGCUACUGAAGGAAAUGCUGAAGUACAGCAAGAGCUGUGAGGGGACCGACGACCUGCAGGAGGCGCUGACCUCCAUCUUAGGCAUCCUCAAGGCUGUCAAUGACUCCAUGCACCUAAUCGCCAUUACAGGAUAUGAGGGUAAUAUGAGUGAGCUGGGUAAGCUGCUGAUGCAGGGGUCAUUCAGUGUGUGGACGGAGCACAAGAAAGGCCAUGCCAAGGUUAAGGAUCUGGCCCGUUUCAAGCCCAUGCAGAGGCACCUCUUCCUCCAUGAGAAGGCCCUGCUCUUCUGCAAGAGGAGGGAGGAGAACGGUGAAGGCUACGAGAAAGCGCCCUCAUACAGCUUCAAGCAGUCUCUGAAUAUGAGUGCUGUCGGCAUUACUGAGAACGCAAAGGGAGACAACAAGAAGUUUGAAAUCUGGUGCAACUCCAGAGAAGAGGUCUAUAUUGUUCAGGCGCCAACGGCUGAUGUAAAAACCACCUGGGUAAAUGAGAUCCGGAAGGUUCUGACAACCCAGCUGGAAGCCUGCAGAGCCAGCCAGCAGAGGGCACCAGAUCCGGUUUUCCAGUUCCCUCCUAUGCCCAGUGGAUCAGUGAGUCUCAGUCCAUUCAAGUCUGGUCAGAGGAGCUUUAAGAGGGGAGAGGAGAAGAAAGCUGAGCACUGCAGCCCCGAUGCCAACUCCCCUUCUUUACCAAAGCCAACAGGAAAAGAUGAGGCUGUGACUAGCCCUACCUCAGACAGAGCUGCUGUGGCUAAAAAGCGUUUUACUUUACAGGGCUUCAGUAACCUCAAAGCCCAGAAAGAGUCCUCAACUACUGAUGAUAAAAGUUUUACAUUACCAUCCACGAUGAUCUUCCUCUCACCAGGAUCUCCCGAUCACAAGACGAAACGCCAGAGCGAUCCCACGCCAUUCGGCUUCAAAGGCUGGAACAAGACCUCCCUGUCGCUGGAUGCCUCAGAGGAGCACGACGGCUAUUCCAGUGCUGAGGAUCCUCUUAAUUCUGACCCAGAGGAUGACAUCGGCAAGAAGCUGUGUGCCGGCAAAUAUACAGUGAUGACGGACUAUGAGAAGGACGCUCAAGAGCUGUCGGUGAAGAGCGGAGACAUGGUGGAGCUGGUCAAAGAGGGGGAGGACGGACAGUGGUUUGUACGUAACCUGAGCAGCUCUAAGGAGGGCUGGAUCGCAGCUGCUAGUCUUAUCACGCUCAUUGGAAAGUCCAAGUCUUGCCAGUCUCUCACCAGCUCAGAAGGCAGUGGCUCUGGUAACCUCAGCACAUCGUCCAGCUGCAGUGAGACCUACACAACCUUCCCUGACAUCAAGCCCUGAACUCCUCAGCAUAUCCGCCAUCACCAAACUGCCCUCAUUCAUGCUAGCAUCACUAUCUGUGCUGUAUUGCCAACGUCGGUAGAAUUUUGUCAGGUUUCCACAGAAAGCUGUAUUUUUUUCACUUUUCAAAUCAUGCACAUGCACCAGUUAUUAAGAUGAUAUGUCAUACGUGUGCACAUGUUAUAGACUUGAUUGUGGUGCAAUUGUGCGCCGGAGACACAGAAUGCUGGAUGGAUAAAUGCAUCACAGACGGUCAAUACACUGUAUUGUGAAGUGGUCUUCCUCUAGUCAUACACUUGUCUGUACAUUUUUCUUAUGAAGAACAGUGGAUCCCUGUGUUUAUGAUGUAAUAGAUGUAUGAAUGGGCCAGCGGGACUGAUCUCAGUUAAUGCAUCUAUUUGUGUUCUCAUUACAAGUGGAGAAAGAUUAGUGAUUAUCUGUGGAUGUCGGCUGUCUUUGUGUUCGUCUGCAUUAAUUCACCCAAGCAGGAGUUUAUAAUUCUACUGUUACUGUAAAUAUAACGGAGGGGGUGAGAUAAACGUGUAUAGCUUAUUUAGCUUGAAUGAAUGUUUUCUGAGCCUAAUCACCCCGCCCCCUGCUUUUCCCUUUGCAAGCUUAUUUAUUUGUAAGAAAUGAAAAAGCCCACAUAUAUUUAGUCACUUCUUUUCUUUCUGUCUUUUUACUCUUUUCCUGUCUGUCAUUUGUCUCGCUGUUGUCAUUAGAAACCUGUUCUGCCACCAGCUGCCCAGACGUUGUGUAUGAGGUUUGUCUUUUGGGGUCUCUGACGGCCUCAUGGUCUAACUCUGUGAGUUUUCAUGUGCGCUCCAGUUUAAAGAUGUUCCUCCAUGUUAAUGAUCAGAGAUCACUGUAUAGCGCUAACUUAUUCCCUGUGGAGGAUCAUGUGCUGAAUGUAGAUAUUGUUCAUUAAUGUCAGUCUGUCAUGAAAUGUUUGUUAUUUGAGAUGCUACAUUGUACAUUAAGUAUGGCGAUGUCACAACUUUGUGACUCGUUUUUUUUUUUUUUUUUACACAUAAACAACUUCAAUUCA